AUGGCGCAAGACCUCCUCGACGACCUUUUUCCCGCGCCAUUUCCACCUCCGGGAGGAUUGCUUCCCGUGUGCGAGCUCCACCUCCUGUGCGUACUCAAAGGCGCCAGCCGUUUCUUCCACGCCCUCCUGGCCAGCCUGCGUCGUCGAGCCCAGGCCCAACGGUUGCCGUUACAGAUUCAAAUUGAAUUCAUCACGGUCCGGAGCUACUCGGGGAUGCAGAGCACGGGCACGGUGGACGUGAGCGGGUGUGUCCUCGGCAACCUCCAGGGCCGGAACGUGGUGCUGGUGGAGGACAUGAUCGACACGACAAGGUAG